UUAAGUUUAACCAUACAUAUAAUCAGCCCAUUUCACCCCCCCCCCCCCUCCAGUGAAGAAAACUUUGAUAGAGGCUAUCAGGCAGAUCAGCACCUCCUGAACGCAGCAUUAUGUCACACAGUGUGAGUGACAGCCAUAGACAGCAUGGUUUGUGCUUCUUUAAGAAUGGAUAGAGAGAGAGAUGAGGCAAGGAAUGGGCAGGGCUGCACAUAAUUAUAGUAACUGAUCCUGUCCUUCAGUCCCAGACUCACUCACUGCACACACAUAAGGGAGCAGAGUCUGCAGAGCAGGGGAGAGACAGGGGGAGCUGCAGGACCCCCUCCCCCAAUUACAGCCCUGAAUUACCUGGCUGUAGGUGGGAUGCCCCUGACCCAGAUACUGAGAAAACCGAGGGACUGACCUCUGUACCAUGGCCUCUCCGUGCUUUUCCCGACUUCACAUGGAUGAGAACUUGCAGGUGAUGCAGACUGGGUCAAUGAUGAGAAAAGUAAAAUCCAGAAACUGGAAAAAGCAACGAUAUUUCAAACUACAAGAGGACUGCAUGACCAUCUGGUACAAGUCAAAGAAGACUGGGAACACUAAGUCCACCUUUUCCAUUAGUGAUAUUGAGACCAUUCGAGAAGGCUACCAGUCUGAGGUCCUGCAGAGCAUCGCCGAUGAGUUUCCAUCUGACCUCUGUUUUACCAUCGUCUUCCAUGGCCGACGCCGGAACCUCGACUUAAUUGCCAACACACCAGAGGAGGCUCAACUCUGGAUUCAAGGCCUGGAAAAACUAGUAGAGGCUGUGACAAAGAUGGAUCAAAAGGAGAAGAUGGACCAAUGGAUUGGUGAUUGGUUUGUGAAGGCAGACAAAAACAAGGAUGGCCGUAUGAACUUCAAGGAGGUCCAAGACCUGCUGAAGAUGAUGAAUGUUGAUAUGAACGAACAUCACGCCUACCGUCUGUUUCAGAUGGCGGACAAGUCAGAGUCCAGCACUCUGGAGGGCGAUGAGUUUGUGUUGUUUUAUAAAGCUCUAACACAAAGGGUUGAGGUACUGAAAAUAUUCCAAGACUUCUCCAAGGACGGCAAGAAGCUCACAUUGCUCGAAUUUGUGGAUUUCCUGCGUCAGGAGCAACUGGAAUUAGACAACGCAGAGGAGUUUGCUAUGGACCUUAUUGCUCGAUAUGAGCCAUCGGAAACAGCACAGACACUCCAUGCCAUGAGCAUCGAUGGCUUCCAAGCAUACUUGUGUUCACCAGAAGGAUCCAUCUUCAACUUCGAACACGAGCAGCUUUUCCUAGAUAUGACACAACCGCUGUCUCAUUACUUCAUCUCAUCCUCUCAUAACACGUACCUUAUGGAGGACCAGCUCCGAGGGCAGAGCAGUAUCGAGGGUUAUAUCAAGGCUCUUAAACGUGGGUGUCGGUGCGUGGAGGUCGAUACCUGGGACGGUCCAAACGGAGAACCCAUGGUGUAUCACGGGCAUACAUUUACCUCCAAAAUCCUCUUCAAAGAUGUGAUUUCUGUCAUCAAUAAGUAUGCCUUCAGGGUGUCGGAAUACCCCGUCAUUCUGUCCCUGGAAAAUCACUGUGGAGUGGAGCAGCAGGAUGUGAUGGCACAGCACCUGAAAUGCAUUCUGGGAGAUAAACUUGUGACGAAUACCUUAGAUGGACGCGUCCCUGUACACUUACCGUCUCCUGAGGAGCUCCGGGGAAGGAUACUCUUAAAAGGCAAGAAGAUUGGGGGUUUGAUAGAUCAAGCAGAGGAGCAGCACGAAGACGCAAACAUGGGGGACGGGUCAGAGGAGGACGAUAAUACUGAAAUGGAUGAAGAUAAUCUCCGAAAUGAGGAUAAAAAAGCUUCAAAGAAGGCAAAAGAUCGCCUAUCAGAGGAGCUGUCCGACUGCAUCAUUUAUUGCAAGAGCGUUCCUUUUGAGAGCUUCAGACACUCAAGAGCUCACUACCAGAUUUACGAGAUGUCUUCAUUCACUGAAUACAAGGCCAGGAAACUGGUCAGGGAACUGGGUAAUGAAUUUGUCCGUCAUAAUGCCUGGCAAAUGACCCGAAUUUACCCAACUGGACUGAGGACUGACUCCUCAAACUACAACCCGAAGGACAUGUGGAAUGUUGGAUGCCAAAUGGUGGCACUGAACUUCCAGACGGCUGGGGUGGAAAUGGAUUUAAAUGAUGGACUCUUCCGGCAGAAUGCACAUUCCGGCUACAUUCUGAAGCCUUGGUUCCUGAGACACGUUGAGUCGACCUUUAAUCCUGAGCAACCACAGGACACUGAUGGAUUCUCCCCCGUCAACCUCUCGAUACAGGUUAUAAGUGCUCAACAGCUCCCUAAGGUUGAGAACAGCAAAGAGGGAUCCAUUGUGGACCCUUUGGUACGAGUGGAGAUCUUUGGAGUUCCCAUGGACCAAAUGAAACAGGAGACAAAAUAUAUAGACAAUAAUGGAUUUAAUCCUAUAUGGUACGAGACGCUGCAAUUUAAGAUCCACGUUCCUGAACUGGCCCUCGUCAGGUUUGUGGUGGAAGAUUACGAUAAAACAACAAGGAAUGAUUUUAUAGGACAAUACACAUUGCCCUUCAAAAGCAUCAAAUCUGGUUAUCGCCAUAUUCACCUUCUUUCAAAGGAUGGUACCAAGAUCCCUCCAGCAUCUGUAUUUGUUUACAUACGAAUUACCGACACAAGUCUUCCUCCUCCUCUGCAGCCAGACACAUAGACUCGGCCUAGGGGUGCCGCCACGUCUCGGCGAUCGAGGCUGCAGUGCCAGUACCCGAAAUUCCAGACUAUAACUUUAUAUCCUGCUAUAUUUUGCACGUCUUAACCAAAACACUAUUGUUGUACAUAGUUAUACAUAUUUCAAUUAUUUAACUUUAUUUUUAACGUGUAUAUUGCAAAAGGUUAAUACUCUGGUGCUAUUCUGGUUCUGAAGCUACUUUCUCACUAGAAGAGCAUCCAAUCUUUCUGGAAGGCCAAGUCAUGCAUGGAUGGGCAAUAUCGCCCCCUGCAGCAACAACAGUGUUAUUUACCCAACCAGAGAAAACGCACUAACAGUUCCAACCUUUGUGGCAUAAUACCGAAGUAUUACAUUCUUAUAGAGCGAAAGUGAUUACAGUUACCGUAUUAACAAACUAUUAAACAUAAAUAAACAUAAAAGUAUUAAAUAUUAACUUUACUUGUUUACAAUGGGAAAAUGUUUGUGAAAACUGUGUAGUGAGUGAAUAUUGUGAUACU